GAAACUUGCAUCAUUGCACCCGCUGCCACAAACCCGGGGCAGGGGACGGGCAGCGGAGCUAGCUCCCAGGGAAUGCGCCCCUCCACGGCCGGCCGCCCAGCCAGCCCUCCGUCCCCGGGGGACCCCACGGCACCUGCGGCCUCCGCAACCAUGUCGGGCAGGUCGGUUCGAGCCGAGACCAGGAGCCGGGCCAAAGAUGAUAUCAAGAGGGUCAUGGCGGCUAUCGAGAAAGUGCGCAAAUGGGAGAAGAAGUGGGUGACUGUUGGUGACACAUCUCUACGAAUCUACAAAUGGGUCCCUGUGACGGAGCCUAAGGUUGAUGAUAAAAACAAGAAUAAGAAAAAAGGCAAAGAUGAGAAGUGUGGCUCAGAGGUGACCACUCCGGAGAACAGCUCCUCCCCGGGGAUGAUGGACAUGCACGAUGAUAACAGCAACCAGAGCUCCAUAGCAGAUGCCUCCCCUAUCAAACAAGAGAACAGCAGCAACUCAAGCCCUGCUCCAGAGCCCAACUCAGCCAUACCCAGCGAUGGCACUGAAGCCAAGGUGGAUGAAGCCCCAGCUGAUGGGAAGGAGCAUGCCGGGGCUGAAGACACUUCUGACGAGCAAAAUUCACAGUCUUCGAUGGAAAACUCAAUGAACAGUUCAGAGAAAGGAGAGCGGCAGCCAUCCGGAGACUCAGGCCCAGCCGCAGAGAUGGCAGCAGUCUCUCAGGUACCUCGAUCCAGGCCUCAGAGGGGCAGCCAGAUCAGCCGGGAGCCCGUUGGGUUGUCGGGGGAUUUGGAAGGAGUGCCGCCCUCUAAAAAGAUGAAACUGGAGGCCUCUCAACAAAACUCCGAGGAGAUGUAGGCACUAAGUGAAAUCCUCCAAUCCGUGUUUCGUGGAAGGUACAUCAGCAAUUAAUUCUAGAACAACUUUGCCCAAGCGAUUCCUCUUGGGUGUGAACAGAACUACUAACGUUUCAAGUUUACCAAGUGCAAAUCCAAGAAAACCUAGAACGGUGUAACUUCUCAGACACUGAAGAACUUUCUGCUGUGAAGCAAAACACUCGAACCUUCAUGUGACUGUCCCUGGGGAGGCGGGAUCGACAGCUCAGGAGUGUCUGCACACUGUCUCGGAAGCCAAGAUUCCAUUUGUGUUGCUGCUGUAGUUUUCCCCACUUCUCUAUUUAACGAUAUAAGCUAUUUGAGGGUGGUACCGAUCAGGAAUUCGCUUUACGUUGGGGCUUCUCACUGUUCCACCGAUUCCUUCCGCUUUCUUUUUUUGUGCCUUGUGCCCUUGAGGUGACCUCUGGCAUGUUUCCUGGUUGUUUUGCAUCUCCCUUUGCAAAGUGCCCUGUUUUGUUCAGGCGGCAGCUGCCACCAUCCCCAGCCCUCUCUCUUCCCUGCCCCAGGACUUCAUUGGAGCAGGCAGGGCAGAGCAGGGGAGCCCCAGCCCACCUGAUUUCCAGGUGCAGGAGGCUUGGGCAUGCCCUGAGCCCUGAGUGGGGUCAGCCCUAGCCUGGAGGACCUGAGGAGUGGCAGGUGCCAGGGCACAGUCUCCAAGGGCUGGCCUCGAGGGCACUAGUUAUGCCCUCACUUCCUCGGGGCAUUUGAGGAAGGGUGUUUCCAAGCCCACUGUGACCCAGACAGAUUUGCAAAGCUCCUAGAUUUGUCUGGCACUUCCACCCUGCUUCCACAUUGUCACCACCACCUCUGUCACCACUGUCUCCCAGAUCUCUGAUGGCUUCUCUGGUCGACUGCAAGGUUGCCUCCUUAGGACGAUAACAGGGCUGGGAGGCUGGGAGCCAGCGGCAGGAAUAGCUGGUGCUGACCCUUCUCCCACGGGACGUCGCUUGGAUUUCAAAUCCAGGGAAACCUGCUGUCUUCUGCCUCCCCUUCGCCCUGCCCUUUCCCCGGAAGAGGCAAGGUGGCAGGCAGUUGAAAUCCACUUGCUUCUGCAUAAUGUCCUGACUCUCAGAGCCAACACUUGGAUCGUGUCUCACUCCCAGGACAUGCCAUCGGUCCCCACUGGGGAGCGGGCCUUGAUGGGUGGGCCUUGAAGGCCAAAAACAAGGCACCAAGGAAUUGGAAAAAUUUGCACACCCUCCAAAAAGGAGUGACUGACUCUUCCCUUCCCCUCUAUGUCCCGCCUGCGCUGGGACAGCUUCCUCUUACUAGAAUGGAGAUGCCCCCUUGGAUGAACUGCCUAAUUGGUUCUGAGGCCUGGUUUGCUCUUAAUUGAUUUACAGACUCCUCAGACCUUAAACCUUUUCCUGAGCUUUCUUUACUGCACUGGAGUUCUAACUCCCUUUGAAUUGUGUUAUUGCGGGGGGAGGGGGUUGUUGUUGUUUUGGUUUGGUUUGUUUUUUUUGUUUUUUGUGUUUUUUUUGGCUAUUUGGUGCAUAUUCAGGUACCACCUUUGACGUGUGGAUCUUUCUCCUGACCACAAUGGGAAGUGUCUGCCAGAUUCCAUUUUCUAAGAGUUUCUGAGGGUGAGGCUCUUAUUUUUUUUCUUAAGGGAGCCUAUCUGUUUCCUGCACUUCAAGAAGAAUCAAAAUGUUCCUGAAUUUCAAAUACCUCAUGCAAAAUGUCUCCUGAAAUAAGGGAAGAAAAAAAAAAAAAAACUUUGAAAAUCUUGAUGUUGAAGUUAGCAAUGCUGAAAUGUUUCUGUCUUAAAAAAAAAAAAAAAAAAAAAAAAAUCCUUGUACUUAUCAGUUUUGCCCCUCAGGCAGUCAGUUCUGUUGAGAACUGUGUUCUGCGUCUUGAGGCAGAAGCAUCUAGAUGCGUUACCUCUCAACGUAUCUCAAGGCGGCUUUACCUCCAGAUCCUGUAGAGUUAGAGUAACGUUUUUCUUUGCAGCAAAACUCCAUUUUUGAUGGCGGAUGAAUUUGGAUAUUUAUUUCCUUUGCUUUUUUGGGGAAACGAGAGGUUAGGAGCAAGACAGCUGAAGGAGAAUCAGACCCACGCAUCCGCGGAAACAGGCAGCGGGGGCCACCUGUGCCUCUGGGCAGGCAAGGGGAGUGGCGCGGUGACGCGGGGCUCUCAGUAGUCUUUCUCUGAAGUGCCUGAAGGUAGGAACUGGCCAGCGGUCGGGUCACUCGGCCCCGGCCCCGCCGCUGCCAUGCCAGGCAAAGCGCCCGCAACCCUGCAGUCCACGCCGGCCUUCCAGGUCGUCUGCCCCGCGGCGAGACUGCGAAUCCCACGUGCUUCCUUCCCGGCCGGGCCGCUCCUCCCUGCCGCAGAAUCGAAGACCUUCCAGCCACCGGCCGGGGCCCAGGGCCGGGGCACCCGCUCACAACGCCUUCCGCAGACGCCAGGCCCCCUGGCCUCAAGGGCUCGCAGGGCAAACUUAGCUCCCCUCAAAACUUGAAGUUGGGGAAGCCGCGGCUACACAUUCCACAAAGUGCUGGCACUUACACCCAAACCCGGAGGGCUGUUGACCGAUUCGUGUAGGGUGGUGACCUCGCAUUAUCAAAGGUGUCAUGGUUUGGAAUGUUCAUUGUCGCCGAGGACCUGGUUAGAGGUAUAAAGACCUUUUUUUCACCGUUAUCUAAUUUUUGUUUUCCUCUUAAGAUUUUUUUUUUUUUUUUUGGUGUGUUGUACAGCAGUAUAAUUUUUCACUUAUUUAUUCCAUCAGUAGAUAUGGUUUGUACAAUGUACAAUGGUUCCAUUUCAGAAAAUAAAAAAAAAUUCAAAUCAUGAA